AUGCAAGUUUUGGGUUGGAUAGGUAAGGUUAUUCUUGGUCUUUGGUUGGUGGUGAAUAGACAAGUGGGAGAGACUGAGGCUGGAGGUGUGUCGAAUAUUGGCCGGUCGACUAAUGCGUGCGACCAGUUUUUGUACCCGGAUAAUCAUCUUAGUGGCGCGUCAAGACCGAAUGCGACGGAAAGAAGGAUUCUGUGCUUCACUACGGAAAUCACUGAUGAUCCUAGUCGUUCUGUAUCAGAAAAUUAUGCCACUAUCAACCAUAUUGUCGAAAAAAGAAGAGGUUUGGGAGAUAAAAUGUGGGGACGCGGGAUUUUAUCUGUUACAAAUGGAAAGGCCUUGCGUGGUUUAAUUGGAACGAAAAGUAAUAAUCCGAAUGAUGUUGAGGCUGAGAAUGCUGCUUGUGAUAAAUUGGCGCGAUCUAUGCCAAGGAUAUCGUCUGAGCUUGUUCAGGCGGCGUGUAGUUCUAAGGUGUUGGAACCUUCAACGUACCAGCAGAUGGUUUUCCCGCCGGCUUGUAAUAGCUGGAAUUCAGCGCAGGGUGUGCUUUGUCCGGAACUGGAAAAUCUGGCUCGGUACUUGCCUGCGGAGGUGGUGUCAGAGGUGACUAAGUCUUUAUCUAUUUCGGCAUAUUCCGAAGCUUCCUUUUAUUGGUCGGCCUAUGAAUGGCUGCGCCUGGCCUGUGCGGAAAAGGCCGUGGAGAAACGAGAGUUCUGUAUGGGUGCAGUCUUUCAAGGUAUUCCCUUAAUCUAUAGUACGCGGCUGAACAUUAUGAUUGCUGCUUAUAAGCGCAAGUACCAGACAUUCGAGGCAUCAAUUAAGAAACGACGGGAUGCGGUUGAUCCUAAUGACACUAAGACUAUGGCCGAGUUGGAGGUAGCCACUAAGCAAAUGGCUGUGAUGACUCUGAUAGAAAGGACUGCUUUGGUGGCCUUGUUAGCUGAGCUAAACGAACUGGUCAACCAGAACAUCAUAAGUACUUCUGGUUGCCAAGUCGUAUCUAAGCUACCUCUAUUGGACGGGGCCGGCACAACUGGAGACAUUCCCACCUUUUCCUUUUCGGUAACUAAUGACGAUAACGUUGAGGUCGACAUGGAUUUGGUCGAAAUCUACUACAAAUACUUGACGACCAAUGACAUCACUACUAUCACUUCCAAAGGUGUUGACAGGCAGUUCUAUCUUGAUGCGGCCCUAAAAGAAAGUCCCCAAAUUAACGAUGUCUAUCAAAAUCUAACCCGACAACAGGCUGAAGUUCUAAAGCACCUGGAAUCCAAAGUUGUAAAACUUAAUUCCGCCGGCCUAUCCUACUACCACACGCAUCCCAUUACUAACGAGUGCCAGGCCAUCAUUGAUGAACGGGUUGCCAAUCUAGCUGCAUACUACAAGGAGAAAUUCCGUUACUACCAGAACAAGGCACUUUUAUACAACAACAUCGCCGCCGAAACUGCCGAAGAUGCCGAAACCCCAAAUCCAAAUCCCACCGUAAGCAAACAAAACACAACUACUCACUAA